AUGGCCGAUGAGGGUGUUGCAGAGCACUAUCAGGUCUUGGAGGAGCUUGGCCGUGGAAGUUUUGGUGUCGUCUAUAAAGGCAUCGAGAAGGCAACAGGCGAAACCGUGGCCAUCAAACACAUCGAUCUCGAGUCCAACGACGAUGAUAUCCAAGACAUACAGGCCGAGAUAGCCGUCCUCAGCACGUGCUCCAGUCCGUUUGUGACCCAGUAUAAAGGCUCGUUCCUUCGGGGACAUAAGCUCUGGAUUGUCAUGGAGUACCUUGGGGGCGGCUCCUGUCUAGACUUGUUGAAACCCGCCAACUUUAGCGAGACACACAUAGCCAUUAUUUGCCGCGAGCUGUUGUUGGGCAUUCAGUAUCUUCAUACCGAGGGCAAGAUCCAUCGGGAUAUCAAGGCUGCCAACGUCCUACUCUCUGAAGCGGGCAAGGUCAAGCUAGCAGACUUUGGAGUCGCCGCUCAAUUGACCAACAUCAAGUCUCAGCGAAAUACUUUUGUCGGUACCCCGUUUUGGAUGGCCCCAGAAGUUAUUCAACAAGACGGAUACAGCUUCAAGGCAGAUAUUUGGUCUCUAGGUAUUACCGCCAUGGAGAUGGCCAACGGCGAGCCCCCAUUGUGCCAUAUUCACCCCAUGAAGGUUCUUUUCCACAUUCCAAAGAACGCACCUCCACGACUUGAGGGCGACUUUAGCAGAGACUUUAAGGACUUUGUAGCUCAAUGUCUCACCAAGGACUAUGAGCGCCGACCCUCAGCACGGGAUCUAUUGAAGCACCGUUUCAUUCGUUGUGCUGGUAAGGUUGAAGCUCUGCAAGAACUCAUUGCGCGUCGCCAAAUGUGGGAGGCCAACCAGAAUCGUCAGAGACAUCCCAUCUACUACCAGGAGACCCUGCAAACAAUAUCCCCAAAGGACGAAGACCAAGAGUGGGUAUUUGAUACGGUCAAGUCGGUUGCGAUGGUGCCACCCAAGCGGCCAACCAUCAGACAUCGCAAGCCAUCUUCAAUGCUGGCCACUGAAGAAGGUCUGCGCAAACUCGACACAGCCGAGGGACCACUGGGUCCGUCAUCACCGGCAACAGGCACAAUGCGAAAGUGUACCGUUCGCCGCGCCCCAUCACUGGCUCAUUCCAACUCUGUCCGAUCUAGCGGGUCACCGCGUCCCACGGUCGCACCCAAGAAGCCCUUACAGACCGACAUGUCAUUUGGAAAUUCUGGAUCGACUAUGCGUCUGUUCCGACGCGUUCCUUCAGACAGCUCGACCAAUGGCCAAAUCGGAGGACCAUCCUCGCCCGAUGAUGUUUUCUGCGACGAAAACCUUCCCUGUCCUAUUGCGUCACCCGUCGAGCCCUAUAGCAAGGAAGCCAUCCUGGGCAGGCGUCUAUACAACAAGGCCGUAGAACCCACUCUGGCUGAAUUGCAUGCCCAGACGUCGGCUAUGCAGAAGAGGGAAGCUCUGGCCAAGCUGUCGGACGCGUUCGCCGCCCUCAAUGCUGUAGACCCAGAAGGGGCAUAUCAUCUCAUGAGCAACCUCGUUGGGUCCAUAUCACAUGACAACAAGCUCAACGCCUCCUUUCUUCGACAGCCGGUGCAAAAAGAUCCAGACGACGGGACUCCUCUAGGAACGGUCAUUGUCAAGAGCUCUGCCCCUUCCCUGGCCAGUCCCACCAAGCUAGUCCUCAGCUCCAACAAUCCCCAUCUCAAGAGCCACCGCCGACGCCAGACUGCAUCUCCUCGAACCAGCUUGGCAGAUAAGGAACUUGAUAGGGAGAAGUCAGGCCUUUUGGAAGAAAAGUACCCCGGCCGGGAUGCACGAAGCGGUAUGGAACACUGCAAGCAGUUGUCUGAUAUUCUAUAUCAACGAUGGGCCGACAACCUCCGCAUCCGCUGGCCAGCUGUAUAA